GUUUUUAAUCCAUAUUUUUCUGGCCAUCUCAUAGGAUAGGGAUGGUGAACCUUUUUGAAUCUGCAUACCAUAUAAGAGAAAGCAGACCUUCCUUCAGAAAAAGAAGCGAUCCAAAUAUUCCUAGAUCUAAAAGUGAUGUGGAUGUUGAGUGUGAAGAUAAGAAUAUUGCAACAUUAAAUCACUCAGGGAGUUCUUCCAAUUCAAGUUUGUCUAAUAGAAGUCUUGAUAGUCCUUGUAACUCUCUGGAAAUGGUUCAUCGGACUCCAAGUGGAUCCCCAGCUGAUUUUUUAUCUGGUGGAACUGCUCCUGCAGCAGGUGUGCAACCUGUCUGUUCUAACAGUACUAUUCAACAUUAUGAUGAUUCAGAUUUAGAAGCAGAAGCCGAUCCUCCCAAUUGGCAAGGAAACAUAGAUUGGGAAACUAUUCGAUUGUUGAAGCCAAAGGAAAAGAAACGACAAGAUGUCAUCAAUGAAUUAUUCCAUACUGAGAGGACACACGUGAAAAAUUUAAAAAUCUUAGACAGAAUAUUUUACAAACCUUUAUUAAAUGAAGGAUUAUUACCUUCAGAAUUCCUUCAAUUAUUAUUUCCAAAUUUGGAAGAAAUGCUAAAAAUACACAAUGAAUUUAAUACACUAAUGAAAGAAAAACGUAAAAAAGAAUCAAUUGUAGGAAAUAUAGGAGAAAUGAUGUUACAAAUGUUUGAUGGAACAUCAGGAGAAAAUCUAAAACAAGCUGCUGCAAUAUUUUGCAGGAAUCAAUCUAUUGCAUUAGAAAGUCUUAAAAUAAAACAAAAGAGGGAUCAAAAACUUGGACAAUUUUUAUCUGAUGCAGAAUGUAAUCAUUUAUGUCGGAGAUUACAGCUGAAAGAUAUAGUUGCCACAGGUUUUCAAAGGCUUACAAAAUAUCCCCUUCUUUUAGAAAAUAUUGCCAAGUAUACAGUUCCUAAUACAGAAGAACAUAGUAAUUUAAUGAAAGCAUUAGAAUGUAGUAGACAAAUUCUUUCUUAUGUAAAUCAAGCUGUAAAAGAAGCUGAAAAUCAGCAUAGGUUAAAUGAGAUACAAAAGAAGCUUGAUAAAUCUGCAUUAGAAAAAGUUGAUCAUCCCAUAGCCCAUAAUUAUAAAACUUUAGAUUUGACAAAACAUCUAUUACUAUAUGAAGGUAUACUUACGUGGCGUUUAAACAAACAGAAGUCAAUUGAAGUGCAUGUAAUUUUAUUAGAAGAUAUCCUUGUUUUACUACAAAAACAAGAGGAAAAAUAUUUUUUAAGGUUUCACAACACUAAUAUUCUUAGUGGUCGUGAAGAUACUAAAGUUGCUCAUAGUCCAAUUUUGAAACUGCCUCACUUGUUUACUCGUGAUGUUGCGACAGGUAAUUAUUUCUCCUUUAAAUGUUGUGAUAAUAUUUUAAUAGUUUAUAAAAUCUAUUUGUUCUAAUUAAUUAGAUUUACAGUACACUCUCAGUUAACUGGCAGCCAUAGGAAUUGUUACAUGCCAAAUAAAUAUAGUUUUUGUUUGCUUAAGAGUUACUGUUAAAAAUAGGCAUAACUAAUACUGCAUUUCAUACUGCACGUACCAUGUGUGGGAUAUGCGAAGAUCCGUAAGGUUAAUAUUCACAGGAGUGAAUGAAGUGGAUUACCACAAGGAGAGACAAGCACAAGAGAUACUUAAAAACUAACUUUUUAUGUACAAAAAAUGUAUAUACAAUAUCCCCAAAACCUAUGAUACAUGGCACAUGGCAGUUCAAUAAAGAAUCCUUUGGCAAAGAACAAUCAAACAAGUCUGAGAAACAGGCUGAAAAUAUUCACUCGGUGAUAUUCUAUACCGGCUAAUAUUUCACUUAUACAAAGUUUGUAUCAUGUUUCGCUAUUCCUUUCACCGAUGGAAACGGAUUGUAAAACCACAAAUCUCCACCACAACAAACGAAGAGAACAGUUCACCAUACACAGCUACAAUGGGACGACACACUCCCACAAGCUUAGCACUAGGAACCAGAAUGCCCAGUUGCCGGUCCUGCACACCAUAUAUCACCUCCACUGCCGACACAGUGCUGGCAUACAAAAAACGCCCAAAACACAAAAAAAAAAAAAAAAAA